AAGAAGGUAAUUUUCAUAAAGUCUUUUCAGAAAAAAUGUUUUUUUAAAUUAAAAAUGUUCUAACUUUCUAUUUUUCUUGUGUGUAGUAAAAUCCUUUAAAAUAGGUUUCUAAAUUGAAAUUUACAAUAAACUUUGGCAUUUAAAAAUCAACGAAUUAAGUUUCAGUUACUUCAAUGUAUUCAUUUCUCAGUACUUUGAGAAUUUGUGGUCGGGAAAUGGUUAUUCCUAUUCGCAUAAGGCGUCUGAAACAUGAGAUUCCUAAGCAUCUACAAGGCAUACCUAAAGAGAAGUCGCCUAAGUUAGCCGCUAUGAUCGAGUAUUACUACCACAAUGCCGCCUCCAAAGCAUCCGACUCACUUGUUAAGGAAAUGCAAAAGUAUCCUCAAAUGAGCGAUAAGGAGCGUGAAGAAAGGGUUAGUGCUAUACUUAGACUAAUCGGUACGGUUUCCACAUGCCUUGAGGUGACGUUUCCAAUAAUUCGAAAAGAUGGUAAAUACGAGUUAAUAACUGGUUACAGAGCUCAUCACUGUCGACAUCGUUUGCCUGUGAAAGGUGGUAUACGAUUUGCCAAAGAUGUUAAUGCAGAUGAAGUUAAGGGUCUUAGCAGCAUUAUGACAUUUAAAAAUUCUUGUGUUAAUGUACCAUUUGGUGGAUCGAAAGGUGGUAUAACUAUAGAUCCUAAGACGUAUAGCAGUUCGGAACUGCAAGUUAUUACCCGACGUUACACAAUGGAAUUGCUAAAACGUAACAUGAUUGGCCCCGGUAUUGAUGUGCCCGCCCCAGAUGUUAAUACUGGUGCACGUGAAAUGAGCUGGAUGUGUGACCAGUACAUGAAGACAUUUGGUUAUAAUGAUAUUAAUUCGUUGGCAAUAGUCACUGGCAAGCCAGUACACAAUGGAGGUAUACGUGGGCGAGAAUCAGCAACUGGUCGGGGUGUUUGGAAAGCCGCUGAUAUGUUUAUAAAUGAUAAAGAAUGGAUGAAUGCGGUUGGCAUGAAGCCGGGUUGGAAAGACAAGACAGUAAUUGUUCAGGGUUUUGGUAAUGUCGGGUCAUUUGCUGCAAUAUUUGUGCAUGAUGCUGGUGCUAAAAUAAUUGGUAUCAAAGAGAUGGAUUGUUCUUUGCAUGAGCCGAAUGGCAUUAAUCCACACGAAGUUUUAGCACAUAAGAAUAAAACGAAAAGCAUAAAAGGCUUCACAAAAGCUAAGGAAUUUACUGGUGAUCUACUAACAGAAAAGUGCGAUAUACUAAUGCCAUGCGCUACACAAAAGGUACUAACAAGUGAUAACGCUGAUAAGGUACAAGCUAAAAUAAUACUUGAAGGUGCAAAUGGGCCUUCAACUCCUGGAGCUGAUGAAAUAUUUUUGAAAAAGAAGAUACUUGUAGUACCUGAUCUGUUUUGUAAUGCUGGUGGUGUUACUGUAUCAUAUUUUGAGUAUUUAAAAAAUAUCAACCAUGUCUCCUAUGGCAAGCUGACCGUGAAACGGGAGAACAGCAUGAUACAUGAAUUAUUCAAUUCUAUGAACAAGUCGGCAAGCGAAGGUCACCAAUUUAUCACAUUCCAGCCAAAUGAUAAACUGAUAGCUAUACGUGAUUGUACAUCUGAAGCCGAAAUUGUUGAUGCAGCCUUACAGACCGUCAUGGAAACAGCAGCUAUGGGUAUUAAGAGCACUGCUAACGAGUAUGCAACAUGUCUGGACUUACGCACAGCUGCCUAUAUAUAUUCGGUGAAAAAAAUAUUCCAUGCAUUCGAAACAUCGGGCAUUUCACAGCAGUGAAAGAGAAUGUAAUAAUAUGUAAAAAUAAAGUAUUUCUUUGAAUCAAACAGUUUA